AUGUUAAAGAAAAACAAUAUUAAAUUAUAAGAUCUUAAACCUAAACAAUAAGAUAAAUAAAAAGCAGCAAUCAAAUAGAAUAAGGUUGAAUAAAGUUAAAUAAAGGCUAGUUUAUUUGCAAGUACAAUAUAUUCAUCAUUUAUUGAAGAAUAUUAUAAAAAGAAAAGAUGUGAUGCUACAGCCUUUAUUUCGACUAAAGAUGAAAAAUGCUAAGAUAUAAUUAAAGAAUAUGAUUAAAAAUUGUUAGAAAAUGAUUAAAGUACUAUUACUGAUUAUAAAAAAUUUAUUGAGGAUUAUGCUAAUAAAACAAUACUAAAUAUCAAAGAUUUAAUUACUAAAGAUCAUUAAGAUAAAUUAAAAUAAGACUUACAAAAUUAUUUAUAUGUUACUUAAUAAAAAAUUCAUUCUAUCUCUUUAUAAUUGCAAACUUAGUAAAAAGAAGGAUUAAAAACCAGAGAAUAUUUUGAAACAUCAGUCGACAAAAAUGCAGAUCUUGAAUUUGAGAAAUGUUUAAAAUUGUAAAAGACUGUAUUUUCAAAGAAAAAAGCUAAUACGGAAAUUCAAUUCAGCCUAUUUAUAAGGCAUAUUUUUAAGAGGACCUAUCCAAAGAUCUUCCUACUAAAAUAAAUAUUACAUUGCUGUCACCUACAGAUAAAGAAAUUUAAACAUUAAAGCCCUAUAUAUUAGAACUAUUAAAGUCAAUUACACAAUAACUCGAUCAAUGGAAAAAUGAAAAACUUAAUAUAUCUAAUUUUCAAAUACAGAAUAAUCUUGAUAAGAUUACAUUAAUAUGAUUGGAUGUAAAGAAUCUUGUCCAUUAUGUAAAAGAAAAUGCGAUAAACCUAAUGA